UGGCGCAAAAUAGAAAUUUUUUUUUUAAUUUUUUUUUUAAAGGCAUAAAUUUUGAAAAACCGUCGUUGGCAUCUACCAGUCUUUGUUGAAGAAGACCGAUUGGUGUAUCGGUUACUCACCUUUCCCUCCAUGGCCUUUCUUCUUCACAACCUUCCAGAAUGGAAGAACCAUCUCGCAGUUCAGGAUCAUCUACCUCCGCUUUCGUUCGCGGCGAUUCCUCCGCCGCUGCGACGACGUCGUCUUCCGGCGUUUCGCAGGUUCGCGAGGAGGAUGACGGUGGUGAUCGGCUUCAGGAAUACCACCGAUUUCCGCAUCACGACGUAGAAGAAAACCAACAAAUUACCAAUUCUUACCGAGGGAACUUUGGGUUAUUCGGCGGCGGCGACGAAACAUCGUCGGUGGUCGGGGACGAUACCUGGUCCUGUGUCAUCGUCCUCCUCACCUUUUGGUUCUUUGUAUCGAUGACUCUGAUUCUUGGUGUAUAUGGUUCUGUAACUUUGGAGCUGGGUCCCAACUGUUCACUUCUUCUGCGACCUAAUCCUCUAUUUGUGCAGUCUAUAAAGCUCAAAGAGCAAAAUGAGUCAAAAGCUGGGCCUAUGCUAUAUGGAUUUUAUAGGUCUCCACCUCUUGACAUUUUGAAAACAUGGUCUCAACGUCAUAAUUUGUCAGUUCCAACUGAUUCUCACACGGAGUGGAUAUACUACCUAAACCCGGGAUCCCAAAUUAAUAUAUCAUAUAGCGUGAAUUCACCGGCCUCCUCUAUUUUCCUUAUAAUUGCCGAAGGGAGUGAUGGUCUGGCUCAAUGGCUUGAGGAUCCAACGUAUCCUAAUAGCACCUUAUCAUGGAACAUUAUUCAUGGAAGCGGUAUUAUUCAGCAGGAUAUAUUUAAGUCAUCUAGUUAUUAUGUUGCAGUGGGUAACUUAAAUUCAGAGCGUGUAGAGGUGCAAUUAAACCUAACCAUAAAGGCUUUCCUUUAUAAUACAACUGGAGCUUAUUACAAGUGUACAUUCACUCAAGGCACCUGUAGUAUGAAUAUUUUGUUUCCCAAGGGGAAUGCAGCUGUUUUAACCUCUCCUGGUCUGGAACAGGGUGGCCCCGACGAGUGGAAUAUCAAACUUUACUAUGGACCAAGAUGGGCCACAUAUAUUGUUGGUAUAGGUGGGUUGACCGUAAUCAUGCUAUUGCUCUUCAAUUUCUUGAACAAGUUCCAAUGUACACAUGGCGAUGGAACACGUGGUCAAUAUGAGGUGAUAAGACCUGAGAGAGAACCACUUCUUUCUAACAAAGAUGAUGAUCUUUCAAGUUGGGGUUCGUCUUAUGAUUCUGUCUCCCAUGAUGAGGAUGACCUUGAAGAGUUUUUGGCGCUUGGUCCCCAUGAAGGGAAGUCCUUGGGAGAUGGUGAGAACAGUAAUAACACUCGGCGUCUUUGUGCUAUAUGCUUUGAUGCUCCUAGGGACUGUUUCUUCCUUCCAUGUGGGCAUUGUGUGGCCUGUUUUGCAUGUGGAACAAGGAUAGCAGAGGUCGAUGGUACUUGUCCAAUAUGUCGUAGGAAUAUGAGGAAAGUGAGGAAGAUCUUUACAGUUUGAGAAAUAAAGGGCUUCUUUUUGAGACUCGUAGAUCCUGGUUGAAUAACCUGGACUGUAUUUGUGUACAUCAUUGCUUACCUGCCAGUGAAGAAUGGCCAUUCCUAGUUAGUGUUUCUGCAUAGGUUUUCCAUAUUGUAAUAUUAUAUCUUGGUAUAGGAUUAUCUAAAUGCAAACAUAUAGAGUAAGUCAAAGGUUAGUGUUUAGUAUUUUUCUUCCCCUUAUAAUUUAGGUGGGUGAAUUUUCUGUUCUAAUCUCUUUCCUUGUUAUGAGUGUAUCGAGAUAGAAGCGAUUUUUUUGUUCAAAUCACCGCUUAAAAACCGAUGAAAUCAAUUUUACACGAUUUAUUUGGCUUCAUUUAAGUCGGUGGUUGUUAAAUCUCAUACAUUCACUCGGCAAUAUUGGAUCUCCAUUAUACUAGAAA